AUGGUUGUGAGUGCUGAAACAUCUCCUCCACCACCAACAACAACGGACUCGACAGCCACAACUUUCGUACUCUCAUCUCCAUCUAGUUCAUCAUCAUCAAAUAAUAGUUCGUCAGAAAUCACAACAACAUCUUCAUCAUCCACAACAAUCGAUGAUAAUUCAUCAAAACAUAGUUUAAUCGUUAAUUAUUUACCACAAUCGAUAAAACAAAGAGAAUUUUAUCAUUUAUUCUCUAAAAUUGGACCAUUAAAAUCAUGUAAAUUAAUGUUUGACAAAGAAACGGGAUAUUCAUAUGGCUAUGGUUUCAUUGAAUAUACAACAGUUGAUCACGCUGAACAAGCAUGUAAACAAUACAAUGGAUAUCAAAUUGAACAUAAACGAUUAAAAGUAGCUUAUGCUAGACCACAGUCAUUAGAGACAAGAAAUACAACUCUUUAUAUAAAAAAUAUACCGUGUCAUUAUGAUGAAACUGUAUUAGACGAUUUAUUUUCAAAAUAUGGCAAAAUAAUUCAAACACGUGUUAUUCGUGAUCAAAAUACUCAGUCAUCAAGAGGUAUUGGAUUUGUUAUUAUGGAAACACGUUCACAAGCACAACAGGCAUGUCAAGAAUUAGAUGGAACAAUACCAAAAGAUGGUCAAGAACAGUUAGUAGUAAAAUUUACCGAUCCAGACAGUAAAAGAAGAAAUAUGGUUAGAGUAUUGGGUGAACAUUAUGGUCAUAUUAGUGAAAUGAAUGGAGUCUAUAGUAUGUCUCCACAGUAUUAUGGAGGAGGUGGAGAUGAGUUUAAUACGGAAGGCAUCAAUGGAGACAAACAAUAUCAAAUAUCAACAUUAACGAUGAAUUCGAAUGAUAAAACAGCUAAACGUUUUCGUUCAAAUCGAUUUGAUUCAACUCAACAAUGGUCUCCUUCAUCAUCGACAUUAGCAUCUGCCUAUUAUGAACCAUAUUAUGCUUUGCCUGUUGCAACAGCUGGAACUGCUUUAUCGGUUGGUGGUUAUCCGCCACCUUCAUAUGCUCAAGCUUAUGAUACCGGUCUUUAUGGACCGGGUCUCACAACGACUGCUGCAAUAACAACAUCAUUAGCAACGUUUGAUAAUUGGUUAAAUAAAAAUAUUGGAUAUUUAAUUUAUGUUUAUGGCAUUGGACAACGAGCAACUCAACAAGAAUUAGUUCAGCUAUUUCAACAGUUUGGUAGAGUUCUAAAAUGCGACAUAAUUAUCGAUUUUAAUACUGGACUAUGUAAAGGUUUUGCUUUUGUGGCGAUGGAACGUUAUCAAGACGCACAAAUGGCAAUACAAAGUUUAAAUCGAAUGCCAUUUCAUGGAAGAACAUUACAAGUUCGAUUUAAAGCAAAUUAA